AUGGCAGAAAAUGAUGAUUAUUUAGAGACGAUUGACAACAAUCAUUUAGACGGGACAAACGGAUCCCUAAACAUGACUGACAAUAGUCUUGGGGGUGGUGAUGAAGCUGCUGGUGGUGAAGUGCCCGAUUUGGCGGCAAUCAAAGCCCGUGUUCGAGAAAUGGAGGAGGAGGCUGAAAAAUUAAAACAGAUGCAGACAGAGGUUGACAAGCAGAUGAGUAUGGGUAGCCCACCAGGACUCACGAGUCCAUUAAACAUGUCCAUCGAGGAGAAGAUCGAGGCAGAUAACAGAUCAGUGUACGUCGGCAACGUGGACUACGGCGCCACUGCCGAGGAACUAGAACAGCACUUCCACGGAUGUGGAUCUAUUAAUAGGGUUACGAUAUUAUGUAAUAAGUUUGAUGGCCAUCCUAAGGGAUUCGCCUACAUAGAAUUUGGGGACAAAGACAGCGUUCAGACCGCAAUGGCAAUGGACGAGUCGUUAUUUAGAGGGCGGCAAAUUAAGGUGAUGCCGAAGCGUACAAACAAGCCAGGCUUGUCAACGACGAACCGGCCGCCGCGCGCCAUGCGGGGCCGCGGCCGCUCGUUCCGCGGGGGCUUCUCACCGUACUACUCGGGCUACCGGCCCGUACGCCGCGGCAGAGGUUACAGGCGCGGCAUGUAUUACUCUCCGUACUGA